AUGAGUAAAGUGGAAAUGCGAGUUGUUUGGUCAUGGUUUACUAAUUGGACUGACCAACAGAAGCAUCAGUUUCUAGAUAUCCUAGUCAGCAAGGCGGUUCCUCGCAAAGUUUCAUCGUUGCUCGGAGCAAUGGAGUCGCUCUCUCUUCAGCAAACGCCUAACCAGAAAGAUUUAUUCCACUGCCAGCUUAGAAUGUUCAAGGAAUGGUUCGUGCGUUGGAGUGACGAGGAAAGAAACUUGUUCGUAAAUGGGUUGGAAGAAAGAGAUUACCAGGCAGUUCAGUAUUUCUACGAGAAAGUAUCACAGACUGCUCAGCUGGAAUAA